CUCUGAUGUAAUCUGGUCUGUCUGUCUGUGUGCGUGUGUGUGCGUGUGUGUUGUUUCAGAGGGAGCUGCUGGCUCAGUUGCGCUCACACUGGCACCAGUCUCUAAUGCAAGCCUUCCGCGAGAGCAAGAUGCACCUGGGGAGCAGCGGGCGGAAGAGCUGGAGGAUGAACCUCUACCCGUACCUCUGCCUGCUGGAGGACAAGGAGUACGUGGACAUCAUGCUGCAGGCCAUUACCAACCUGCCCCCCACUGGGGAGUCACUGCUGAUCAUGGCCAAGGAACUGGGGAACAAAAUCUACAACAAAUACUCCAUCCGCAAGAAGACCAAGAGCAGCAUGGUGGACAAGAUCAGCACCAUAUACCAGAGAUAUGCUGAGCUGCUGGCCAGAGACACACAGUUGAAGGAGUUCCUGCCGCGGGAACACUGGGUGCGCCUGGAGGCGGAGAUGAACUCUGGCCCCUCCCUCCUGAGUGAUGACACGCACUGGCCCCACAUCCUGGUGGUGCAGCUGGGGACGCACCUGGUGGAGCUGCUGGUGAGGGAGGUGAAGGUGCACAGCAACGUGCUGAGCCCCGCCCAGGAGACCAAGCUCAUCCCAGUGCUGUACCACAUGUACACCUUCCGCAGCAACCGCCAGGUUGGUUUCAUCAAGCCUCACCCCAUCCUCAGCCAAAUCCUCUCGGAGGCCGCGGAGACCACGCUGACCUUCGACUCUUAUGUGAUGCCCAUGCUGUGCCCGCCCGUGCCCUGGACCUCCCCCAGAUUCGGUGCCUACAUCCUGACCCCCACCAAGCUGAUGCGCUGUGUGGAAGGGGCCAUCCAGCACCAGCUGCUGCUGGAGAAAUGCCAGGGCCAGGACCUCCACGCGGUUCUGGACUCCCUCAACCAGCUGGGAAACUGCGCCUGGAGGAUCAAUCAGCCCGUCCUGGACAUCAUUAUAUCUAUCUUCAACGACAAGGGCAGCGACAAGCUGGACAUCCCUCCCCCGGUCUCCGAGGCUCCCCGGAUUCCCAGCAUGGCUCAGCACGGGGGGGGGCAGGGCUCUCAAGCAGACAAGGCCUCCUUCAAGCGCGAGCUUGCCAAGUGCAGGAAGAAGGGGACGGAGAUGCACAGCCUGCGGAUGGACGCGCUCUACAAGCUGUCCAUCGCCAACCACAUGCGCGACCAGCUGUUCUGGUUCCCCCACAACAUGGACUUCCGCGGCCGCACCUACCCCUGCCCACCCUACUUCAACCAUCUGGGCAGCGACGUCACGCGGGCCGUGCUCCUGUUCGCGGAGGGGAAGCCACUAGGGCCCCACGGCCUGGACUGGAUCAAGAUCCACCUGGUGAACCUGACCGGGCUGAAGAAGAGGGACUCUCUGCGGGAGAGGCUGCAGUACGCCAACCUCAUCAUGGAUGAUAUUCUGGAUUCGGCAGACAAACCUCUUACUGGCAGGAAGUGGUGGAUGAAUGCAGAUGAGCCUUGGCAGGCCCUGGCAUGCUGCAUGGAGAUAGCGAACGCUUCCCGAUCCCCAGACCAUACCGAAUACAUCUCCUAUUUCCCAGUACACCAGGACGGCUCAUGUAACGGGCUUCAGCAUUACGCAGCUCUGGGUCGUGAUGUCAUCGGUGCCACCUCGGUCAACCUGAUGCCUUGCGAGGUGCCCCAGGACGUGUACAGUGGGGUGGCGCAGCAGGUGGAGGAGUUCCGUGCGCGCGAUGCAGAGAAAGGCCUGAAGGUGGCGCAGGUGCUGGAGGGUUUCAUCAACAGGAAGGUGGUGAAGCAGACCGUGAUGACGGUGGUCUACGGGGUGACGCGGUACGGAGGCCGGCUGCAGAUCGAGAAGAGGCUGAAGGAGAUAGAAGAGUUCCCCAAGGAGCACGUCUGGGAUGCCUCCCAUUACCUGGUGCAGCAGGUCUUUACCAGCCUGAAGGAGAUGUUCACAGGAACCAGAGAAAUCCAGGAUUGGCUCACAGAGAGCGCCAGACUGAUUGCCAAAUCUGGCAGUUCUGUGGAGUGGGUGACCCCUCUUGGCCUGCCCAUUGUACAGCCUUAUCACCGCACCAAGAACACUGUUCUGAAAAGCAACAUCCAGUUUCUGAGUUUGCAGAUCAGCCACGAUGCCAGCGAGCGUCCUGACACGGUGAAGCAGAAGAACGCCUUUCCUCCGAAUUUCAUCCACUCCCUUGAUUCCACACACAUGAUGCUGACAGCCUUGUACUGCUACAGUGCUGGGUUAACGUUUGUCUCUGUUCACGACUGUUUUUGGACCCACGCUGUCACUGUGGAUGUGAUGAAUAAGGUCUGCAGAGAGCAGUUUGUGGCCCUGCACAGCCAGCCCAUCCUUCAGGACCUCUCCAACUUCCUGCUGGACAAAUACGGCGCCAGCCAACCGGGAGAUCGUAGGAACAAGAAGUUUUUGGAGUACAGGAAGAUGUUGGAACUGCUGUCCAAAGUUCCCCAGACAGGUGAUUUUGAUCUGCAGAGGGUGAAGGAAUCUACAUAUUUCUUCAGCUGAGCCCCUGCAGACGUCGAGAAUUGCUAAACGCAGACUGAGCCAGCCUGCAGCUGCCCUACCUUGACACCCCCACCCCCAAUAAAAGAAAGGAAAUUGCCUGGUUAUUUAAGUUUGUUUCAACAGAGACUUGCUUUGCAAUGAAAAGAGAACAUAAGCCAUAAAUUGCACCUGGAGUAACCAGGAAGAGGGGGAAACUGGUCUUUUAAACCAGAAAGCGCCGCUUGUCCAGUAAAGGGUGUGGGCUGGGCGCCUGAGUUUGCAGCUUCGGAUUGUGCAAGCAGGCUUGCGAUGAAAUCUCAAACCUUCGAUUCUGUCGAUAAAGACAUACUGCCUGCAGUGUGAAAGUUUACUGGAUAAAGAACUGACACCAGCGUGUUUUCUGUGAUGCCAAAAAAACAAAGCGAAUAAUUACUGGUACAUCUGCAAGGGACGGAGAAAACACACACACCCAGAGCUCUAUAUUAAAACUGUGGGCAUCCUUCUGAUUCUCGCUGUGAUGCUUCUCAUCGUUAAUGGGAAAGCUUCCUUAUUUUGAUUUGACUUGCGCCAUUCCCUUAUAUUUGCUUUGUCUUUUUUACAAUUAUCACCUCCAGUUUCAAGUACUGAAUAAGUCAAUAAAAAAAAAAAAAAAAAAAAAAUGUAAAUUGAGAUAAACACAUUUUAAGUUUUUGAGCUGCUGUGAUUGUGAAAAGAGUUGAUACUGCUUUAAGAUGCAACGACCCGUUCCUGUUCCCUACUGCAUAAGACACUUGGAAGACUUUGUAAAGGAACUGCACCUUGCUUUCGUUGAUCGUGGUUUAGACUGUCUUCAGACAAGGUUGUUUUGGUUAAUCCUGAUAUACGAGACCGUCAUUUCAUCAGGGCUGUUUUAUUGAGGGUACUUUCAUUUGUAUGUUGGUCGUUUUUGUAUCUUUUUCUGUGUAUAAUAAUUAUCCUGUGACUUGAGCCAGCUGGGUUCGCCACAGCUUGCCUAGGGGACAGUCACAUAGACAUGUUUUCAAUAAAUAAAUAAAUGACAUAACUAAUGAAACAAUAAUACAAAGGAGUUUGACUGGUAACUACACCUUGCUAUUGAUUAGCAGUCUGAUCACCAAGGACAGGCCUGGAAGGCUGUGUUCGUGUUUCUUGGAGAAUUUUUCAGACAUUGUGAUUCACGUAUUUGAUUUGUUAGAAUAACUAGUCAAUGGCUGUCACAGCGGAGCUGUACAUCUCCAGAAGAAAAACAUGAACUGUUAUUUUUAGGCUAGUAAUCGCUGUAGGUGGAAAAUGUUACAUAUGCUGUAAGUUGUUUAUAUUGAAAUAAUUAGGGAAUGGAUGACUCAUAACGGUUUACUGUAUUUUAACCAGGCUCGUAUAUCUUCUUCAUGGGUGACAAGUGACGUUUUCUUUAAAUAAAAAAUAAAUAAAUAAUAAAACUAGAAGGGUGUUUAUACAGCAGAUCCUGUCAACAUGCGUUUGCUGGAUUGGGAGAGGGGGGGGCCCUUCUCAAAGGACUUGUCCCAGGCCUCAGUAUUCUUGGCUGCGGCUCUGCCAGGAAUGGAUCAAACAGCAAUUACAUGCAUUAACUGGCUGGCUUUUGAGUGCAGAUGGAGAAGGAAUACGAUGGAACAUCAUUUACACCUUAUUACCUGUAGACAACAAUCAUGUUUUGAGGAAAUACACUCUGGGUUGAAACUACAAUGCUGGAACGUGCAAUCAUACAGUAUGGUUCCAAUGAUGCACAACACUGCAUAGCAUUGAUCCACUAUACAAAAUAUACUAUAUUAUAUAUACCAGAUCCCUAAGCAAACAGC